AUGUUGCAACCCGAAGACGCUUUUGUCCUUCCCCCCGAGCUCAGUGCAUGCAGGCAGUCUUUCAAUGAAAGACAUGGGUGCUCCUCACCCCACCUUCAGUGGAAGAACAUCAAUGACAGAACAGAGUCUUCCUCCGAAAAGUUGAUACCCGGUCCGUCGGUUAGUGACAAUUUGCUUCGUCACAUCGAAUUGCAAGACAUGCUUGCGGUUCACGAUUUGCUCAUCGGUCUGAACGCCAGUCGGCCACGACCUUUCACCAUUAACCUAGAGUUCGAUGAAAGCGACCCAAGUGUUUACGUUUCAAUGGCUACAGCAUGGGAGAUCAUAAUGCGAAUCCGAAGGAUCUCUGUUCAUGUUCAAAAGAUAUGA